CCGCGGGAGGCGCUGCAUUCGACGUCAUCAUCGCGCGCCAUCCCGCCCCUUAGGUGUUCAAGCUCCGCGCGCAGGCCGCACUGCAACCUGGCGGGCAGAUCUCGCGCUGUCCUAGUCGCUGCUUGCUCGGAGCAUGUUUCCAGCCGCCCCCUCUCCGCGGACCCCGGGUCCCGGGUCCCGAAGGGGCCCACUGGUCGGACUCGGGCCCGGCUCCACGCCUAGGACGGCCAGCAGAAAGGGUCUGCCCUUGGGGUCUGCAGUCAGCUCCCCAGUGCUCUUCUCGCCGGUCGGCCGGCGUAGCUCUCUGAGCUCGCGAGGAACACCAACACGAAUGUUCCCACACCACUCCAUAACUGACGCUGUGAACUAUGAUGUGAAAACGUUUGGAUCUUCUCUUCCUGUUAAAGUCAUGGAAGCCCUAACAUUGGCUGAAGUCGAUGAUCAGAUGACUGUUUACAUAGAUGAAGGUGGAUGGGCUUGUCUGGUGUGCAAAGAGAAGCUCGUUGUUUGGAAGAUUGCUCUGUCACCUAUUACUAAGUUAUCUGUUUGCAAAGAGCUUCAGCUGCCACCUAGUGAUUUCCACCAGAGUGCCAACUUGGUGGCUCUGUCUUAUUCUGCUCCCUCAGGUGAAGCACCUUCUACCCAGGCUGUUGCUGUCAUGGUUGCCACCAGAGAAGGAUCCAUCCGCUAUUGGCCAAGUCUUGCUAGUGAAGAUACCCACACAGAGACUUUUGUAGAUUUGGGAGGUGAUAAGACUUACAGUUUCCUAACAGCAGUGCAGGGAGGAAGUUUUAUUUUGUCCUCAUCAGGAAGCCAACUAAUUCGAUUGAUACCUGAGAGCUCAGGAAAGAUUAAUCAGCAUAUCCUGCCUCAAGGGCAAGGCAUGCUUUCAGGAAUUGGUCGAAGAGUUUCUUCUCUUUUUGGAAUUUUAUCUCCUAGUAGUGAUCUCACACUUUCAAGUGUUCUUUGGGACAGUGAGAAAUCAAGUUUUUACAGCCUGACAAGUUCAAACAUCAGUAAAUGGGAAUUAGAUGAUUCUUCGGAAAAGCAUGUGCAUAGUUGGGAUAUAAAUAAAGCCCUGAAGGAAAACAUUACCGAUGCUAUUUGGGGAUCUGAAAGUAACUAUGAAGCUGUUAAAGAAGGAGUCAACAUUCGAUAUUUGGACUUGAAGCAAAACUGUGAUGGGCUGGUGAUUUUGGCAGCAGCAUGGCACCCAGCAGACAAUCCAUGUCUCAUCUAUUAUUCUCUGAUAACGGUAGAAGAUACUGGUUGCCAAAUGUCAGAUGCAGUUACUGUAGAAGUCACUCAGUAUAAUCCACCUUUUCAGUCUGAAGACCUGGUUUUAUGUCAGCUGAUGAUCCCAAACUUUUCAAACCAGACUGCGUAUCUGUAUAACGAAAGUGCUAUCUAUGUGUGCUCCACAGGAACUGGGAGAUUUUCUCUUCCCCAGGAGAAAAUUGUCUUUAAUUCACAAGGAGAUAGUGUUUUAGGUGCUGGUGCCUGUGGUGGUGUUCCUAUCAUUUUUUCUAGAAACAGUGGACUAGUGUCUAUUACUUCAAGGGAAAAUGUGUCCAUAUUGGCAGAAGACCUGGAAGAUUCCUUAGCAUCUUCAGUUGCUGGACCAAACAAUGUGAGUAUGGUUUUUGAGACCACUCCAAAGAAUGAAACUAUAGCCCAGGAAGAUAAAAUCAAGUUGCUGAAAGCUGCCUUUCUGCAAUACUGCAGGAAAGAUUUAGGUCAUGCUCAAAUGGUGGUUGAAGAGCUCUUUUCCUCUCACUCUGAUUUGGAUUCUGAUUCUGAACUAGACAGGGCAGUUACCCAAAUCAGUGUAGACCUGAUGGAUGACUACCCAGCGUCUGACCCACGGUGGGCUGAGUCUGUCCCUGAGGAAGUACCUGGGUUCAGCAACACGUCUCUGAUUAUUCUUCACCAGCUAGAAGACAAGAUGAAAGCUCACUCUUUCCUUAUGGACUUUAUUCAUCAAGUUGGCUUAUUUGGACGUCUAGGCAGUUUUCCAGUUAGAGGGACACCGAUGGCCACUCGACUGUUGCUCUGUGAGCAUGCGGAAAAGCUGUCAGCCGCCAUUGUUCUCAAGAACCACCACUCCCGGCUUUCUGACCUCGUCAACACGGCCAUAUUGAUCGCUUUGAACAAGAGGGAGUAUGAAAUCCCAUCCAACCUGACUCCUGCAGAUGUUUUUUUCAGGGAGGUAUCCCAAGUAGACACCAUCUGUGAGUGCUUACUGGAGCAUGAGGAGCAAGUCUUGAGGGAUACACCUUUGGAUUCCGUUGAAUGGGCCGAAGUGGUGAUCAACGUGAACAAUAUUCUCAAGGAUAUGCUGCAGGCUGCUAGUCAUUAUCGCCAAAAUAGAAACUCUUUGUAUAGAAAAGAAGAACCACCAGAGAAAGAACCUGAAUAUGUUCCAUGGACGGCAACCAGUGGUCCUGGUGGCAUCCGAACAGUAAUAAUGCGCCAGCAUGAGAUUGUCCUGAAGGUGGUUUAUCCACAGGCAGACAGCAACCUCCGAAACAUCGUGACUGAGCAACUGGUAGCACUGAUCGAUUGCUUCCUAGAUGGUUAUGUUUCUCAGCUUAAGUCUGUGGAUAAAUCCAGUAAUCAGGAAAGAUAUGACAAUCUGGAGAUGGAAUACCUACAGAAAAGAUCAGAUCUUUUAUCUCCUCUUCUUACUCUAGGCCAGUACCUGUGGGCUGCUUCUCUAGCAGAGAAAUACUGUGACUUUGAUAUCUUGGUACAAAUGUGUGAGCAAACUGACAACCAGAGCCGACUCCAGCGCUACAUGACCCAGUUUGCUGAUCAGAAUUUUUCAGACUUUCUCUUCCGCUGGUAUCUGGAGAAAGGAAAGCGAGGCAAAUUAUUAUCUCAGCCCAUUUCUCAGCAUGGACAGUUGGCCAAUUUUUUGCAAGCUCAUGAACAUCUCAGCUGGUUACAUGAAAUUAAUAGCCAAGAAUUAGAAAAGGCUCAUGCAACGCUUCUGGGUUUGGCAAAUAUGGAAACUCGUUACUUUGCAAAGAAAAAAACCCUUCUUGGCUUGAGUAAAUUGGCUGCAUUAGCUUCAGACUUUUCGGAGGAUAUACUGCAAGAAAAAAUUGAAGAAAUGGCUGAGCAAGAGCGCUUUCUGCUGCAUCAGGAGACCCUGCCAGAACAGCUGCUAGCGGAGAAGCAGCUAAAUCUCAGUGCGAUGCCAGUAUUGACUGCACCGCAACUCAUUGGUCUAUAUAUCUGUGAAGAAAAUAGAAGAGCUAAUGAAUAUGAUUUCAAGAAAGCUUUGGACUUGCUGGAAUAUAUUGAUGAGGAAGAAGAUGUAAAUAUAAGUGAUCUAAAACUGGAGAUCCUUUGCAAAGCUCUUCAGAGAGAUAACUGGUCCAGUUCUGAUGGCAAAGAUGAUCCAAUUGAAGUAUCUAAAGACAGCAUAUUUGUGAAGAUCUUACAGAAACUUUUAAAAGAUGGCAUUCAGCUCAGUGAGUACUUACCGGAAGUGAAAGACCUGCUACAAGCGGAUCAGCUUGGAAACUUAAAGUCCAAUCCUUACUUCGAGUUUGUUUUGAAAGCAAAUUAUGAAUAUUAUGUUCAGGGACAAAUAUAACUUUUUCUAAAAAUGACCAUUAUUUAUGAAAUUUGUAUGUCCUUAUGAAAAUUUUUGGCCUUAAACAGGUCAAGUUUGUACAAUUUUAUAACACAUAUAGCUGAGUUCUUGUGCUUUAUACAUAGGAAGCUAAUAUAAAACAGUUAUGUAACUGGAAUUUUGGUUUUCAGUUAUGCGAUUUGUUUUUUCCACCUGAAAUGUGUCAGUUGUUGUUCCUGUGCUCGGUGCUCUUCCUUUUUACUCUGAUGUGGUCCCGGGUUCUGGAGUUUCUGUCCUGGUUCUAGCUACUUACAUGCACAAAUCACUUCUAGGCCUCAGUUUCUGUGACUCUGAAAAUUACUUGAUUGCACUAGCUUGUCUCUAAAAUUGCUGUGACUCCAGAUACUGUGCACCAUAGAGAAUCUAGAGUGGUAUCUGUUUCAGUUAGGACUAAUGGGAAAUGUACAGCAAGAUAAAUGUCAACUUUUGCUGAUUUAUGAAGACGAAAAACCGAAGCAGAGUGGGUCUAACUCAUGUGAGUUUGAUAACUAAUGAACUCAUUGGGAGCUUUUUAAACUUUUCUAUAUAAACAAUGAGUAUUAAUGAAAGUAUUUUAGUGAAUGAAACAUUUAUGUGGUUUUCUAACCUAUCUAUAAAUUACUGUUGAUGAGAAGUUUAGUUCUGAUCUUUCAGUAUGAGGAUUCAGUCAGCCUCGUGUAUUUUCAGAAUGACUUUCAUGAAUUCCGACUAUACACACAGUCUGCCUAGCUAGUCAAAAGCAUGAAUGAUACUAGAAACCAUUAUAGGUUUUCCUAAUGUGGCAGUUGAUGUGACGAAAAGGCACCGUUCUCUCAGAGCUUUGUCCUGACCAGCGUCAUUGCUCACUCAGUGUUUUAUCUGGCUUUUAAAUAAAGGCCAGAGCCUGGACAGGGAGUUUGCUGGCAUGUCCACGCUUUGGCCCAGUCAAAUGCCCACUAACCAGCUUGCUCCAACAGCUGAAAAGGUCAGAAGUUAAACGUGGUGAAGAGUCCUGUUCCUGGAUUCACAGAGUCCAGCAUCAAGCCCUCUCUCCCAGCAGGCUGCAAGGCCAGCCCUUGAGUAUGUUUGCAAGAGCAGGUUAAUGGAGCUGUUUGUAAAAUCAAAGGGAAGAAAUUAGCAGCCUGGUCUUUUUCUCUUUGUAGCGUGCGUGUUAGGAUAGCAUGAGGGUCUGGGUUAGGAACAUGUUGGAAGAUACUAAGAGAAGUUAGGAACAGCAGCUUGUCAGAUGGCCAGUAAGAAACCACUGAGUACUUGUAUUGUAAGAUGAGGCUUUGUUUUUACAUGGAUGUCAGUUGUCAGUGUUCACGUCUCACCUGUAGGACGCUGUCUGGUGAUAAUGUGCUCUGGGUCACACAGGCUCCCACCAUCUUCGUGUGCUGCUGCACACCUAAUGAUUCCUGUGUAUGAGAAGGUACCACAGGGAAGCCAAACUGAUCAUGCCUCAGACCCCACAGAUUGUCUGGAUGUAAAACGACUGCUCUUAUGGUGUGAAGUAGAGUCAUCUUAUUUCAAGGGAAUUUAAAGCUCAGUCUUUUAAUUUUCAUUCUCUUUGUAUCUUGUAGUUAGUAGCUAUAGCAUCCAAAUGGUUGAGAUUUUUAAACAUUAUUUUAACAGUAAAAAUGAAAUUAAGACCUAGGAUUUUGAAUAAUUUUUUUUCUCUAGAAUUUUUAAAAUUGGUUUCACAACAUAGUCUUCAUCAAAGAAUUAUUUUUUUAUAUAAAUCAAGUAGCAGAUAAUUACACAGGUGCCAUGUGACAUAUUUUCUUUGAAAGAGAUACUUUAUUGACUUGGAAGAGGUUUGUGAUCACGCCUGUGUUUAAGUGCUGCUCUGAGAGUCCAGCGUGGGACCUGGAUAAAAUACAAGAGAAAAAUGCUGUUUUUGAUGGUAAGCAGAGGGGAGCGUGUGCAGGCAUGGGUAGUGGCUUUUCGUAGAGGAUUCUUGAACAUAUUGGUGUCAAGGAUUGUGGCAGAGCUGGAAAUACAUGGUAAACCUUGCUCAACUUCUGAGUGAGGUAAAGGCUACUGACACCUCUCUUUGAGGGUUUUCAUUUUUAAUGAUUGAACUGUGUUUCUAUUUUUUUACCUUAGGGUCUGAAUUGUAAUUUUCCUAACACGUCACCCACCUACAUCCUACGCACCUGGACAUUUUGAGGCUCACUACAGAAACAGUGUAGCCCCACCUGCCUGUUCCUGACAUUCUAUCCUGAGAAUGCCUGAAAAGAAAAUAUAUACACCCAUGUGAACAAAUCCAUUCAUUAAAAGCCAACAUACAUUUAAAAA